AUGCCUGCCCCAGCACCAUUUGCCGAACCUUUGUGGUACUACCGCGACUCGUCGCCAUACUACGAUGACUCGCAUAAGAAACUCCGCCAAUUCACACGCGAAUAUGUUGAAAACGAUUUGAUGCCGUAUGCUGAAGAGUGGGAGCGGAAUGGGCAUGUUCCCCCUGAAGCGGUUAGAAAAUAUGUUGAGAAAGGCUUCGCCAUUAUCAAGCCCACGAAACGGGAAUAUAUGGGUGGAAUGACCAUGCCGGCCGGGAUUGAGCCGGAGAAAUGGGAUGUAUUCCACAAUCUCGUCGUCAAUGAUGAGCUGUCGAGAGUAGGCUUCUCCGGCGUGCUUUGGGGAAUGAAUGGCGGCAACGGCAUUGGCUGCCCUCCCAUCAUGAAUUUCGGAAACGAGCAACAACGGCAAAAGUAUCUGCCAAGGGUGGCUCGCGGAGAAAUUCGCUUCUGCUUGGGAAUUACUGAACCCGAUGCUGGAUCUGACGUCUCAGGGAUCAAGACCACUGCUAGAAGAGUUGGAGACAAGUACAUCGUUAACGGAGCAAAGAAAUGGAUCACAAACGGCAUCUUUGCCGAUUACUGCACGGCUGCAGUUAGGACCGGCGGGCCUGGGCGUAAAGGCAUAUCUUUACUGAUAAUACCCCUGAACUCCAAGGGCGUCAGUCGGCGACAGAUGUAUAACUCUGGAGUCAACGCCAGUGGCUCAACGUUUCUUGAAUUCGACGACGUCGAAGUGCCCGCAGAAAAUCUCGUUGGAAAGGAAAACCAUGGGUUCAAAUAUGUCAUGUCCAACUUCAAUCCCGAACGCCUCGGGAUGGCAAGCUCUUGCAUCCGUCUAUCCCGCGUUUGCGUUGAAGAUGCUUUCAACUACGCCAUCACCCGCGAGACAUUCGGCCAGCCGCUUAUCAACAAUCAGAUUAUCCGCGCCAAGUUAAGUAAAUUUGGCCAACUCAUCGAACCAUGCCAGGCAUUUAUGGAACAGUUGGCUUAUACUAUCCAGUUGAAUGCCAAAACUGGUAAAGAAGUUGACGUGGGAGGGAUGACGGCUCUACUGAAAGUGAUGAGUACCCGCUGCUUGGAAAAAGUGUGCCGCGAGGCGCAACAAAUUCUGGGUGGAGCAGGGUAUAACAAGGCAGGCAAGGGAGCGAGAAUUGAGGCUAUCAGUCGGGAUGUGCGAGUAUUUGUUGUGGGCGGUGGGAGUGAAGAGAUUUUGAGGGACUUGGCCGUCAGACAGGAGAUGAAAUUCAUGUUCGAAGUGCAACGUGCUAAGAUGUAG